AGAAAUGACGAGGUGUAGAAUCUGGAGGUAUUAGGUUCCAAGACAGUGAAAGACUAGGAAGAGGGAUGGCUAGUGAGGUUUAGAUCAUGUUGAGCCCUAUCUUUGUUUUGUGGGAUGUUGGAUAUCCCUUAUACACCUAUGGAUCCAUCUGCAUUAUUGCAUUAAUUAUUUGGCAAGUGAAAAAAAGCCACCAAAAAUUAAGGUUGGGACCUAACAGGACCUGUUGCCGGUGUCACCGAAGAGUCCAACAAAAGUCUGGAGAUAGAACAUCAAGAGCUAGGAGAACUUCCCAGGAAGAAGCCGAGAAGUUGUGGAAGCUGCUGUUUCUCAUGAAAAGCCAGGGCUGGCUUCCUCAGGAAGGAAGUGUGCGGCGAAUCCUUUGUGCAGACCCCUGCUGCCAAAUCUGCAACGUUAUGGCUCUGGAGAUUAAGCAAUUGCUGGCGGGUGAGAACAACCAGAUCUCCCUUACUUCACUGGGGCCAUCACAGGGCUCCUCUUGCCUAGAGGCUUUGUCCACGUCUAGUGUGUCUUUUGAGCAUAGUCAGGAUCUGGGCUCCCCGAAAUCCAAAGAGCUUUCACUGGCAUCUGUAACUCCAACACUGUCACAAUUAAUGGAUCAGAAAUCUUUAACCCAGUCAGCUGCCCAGUCAGCUGGUGCAGACAGCAUCCAAGAUUCCUGGGCUGAUCACUUUCAGCGAGGACAGAGAUCUCAAGUCCCAGCUGUGUCCCAGGUCAUGGGAUCUCUGUCUUCAAACUUUGAGAAGCCUGGAAUUCCUCUGAGCCAGCAGGAGAGGAAGAAAAACAACUCCAAAUUUGUCCUGGAGAACCAAGAAGCUCCAGAAGUUGGCUUGGAUAACAAGAUGAAGCUGUUUCUGCACUGGAUUAACCCUGAAAUGAAAGAUCGAAGGCAUGAGGAAUCCAUUCUCCUUUCUAAGGUUGAGACAGUGACCCAAGACAGGACAAAAAACAUUGAGAAGAGUCCAACUGUCACCAAAGAUCAUGUGUGGGGAGCUACAACAGAGAAGACAACAGAAGACCCUGAGGCUCAGCCUCCUUCUACUGAGGAGGAAGGCCUGAUCUUCUGUGAUGCCCCCAGUGCCUAAAUAAUCUGCUCUAGCAACACUCCCUUCAGUCCAGCCAAUCCUGGGUCCUGUGCCACUCCUACAAAUGCUCCAAACUCUGUCCUCAAAUGACUUGUGCCACUCAACCAGGAAAUCUAUCCCAGGUCUAACUCACCUCAGCAGAAGGCACUGGUUUAUGCAAGAAUACCCAUUACAAGAAAAAGGAGUUCAUAGGUUCCUGAACCUCUGCAUCCCCCUGAAAAAGGCUUUCAUUGCCAUUUCCAUUAACAUGCAGGUGAAGCAGGGCAUUCUCCAAAUAUACUUUGUACCUUUAAGCAAAGAGCCACCUGUUUGUGCCUCCUCAUUUUCAAUGUGGUAUAUGAUAGACAGAGAGAGUAAAGGACCUAAAAAGUACUUCUUAUGUGGUAUAGAAGCUUAAAUCACAUUUUAUUUCAGAUGGGUCAGCAUUCCACAUGACUCCUCCCAGCCCCACCCUAGAAUGUGGAUAAAGGGACUUGACAGAGAAGAAAGGCCCUUGUUUUAGGUGCAUUGAAAGUAAAGGUCAGGCUUGAAUUCUAUUGUCCCAUGGUGUGUUGGGCUCAGAGGAGGAAUGUGGACAUGGCGAUAGUAUAAAAAGCAGUGGCCAGGAAUCUAAUGCAUUUUUGGCCCACAGGCAAAAUUCACUGAUGACUUCUAUACAGUAUAUGCUGACAACCUGGAGGGAAGGUCCUUUAGAGUGCCAUGGUGCUCCUUCCUUUAGGAAUGUUUAUCAAAAGCACACAGCUAAUAUGACAGAUGUCAAAACCAGAUGAUAGAAUCUCCCUGUCUUUUCCCUGCUGUUAUUGAGAUCUUUAAGGGUAACCUAUCUGAGAGCCCGCUCUAGUCCUGUUGCUUGUUCCAACCUCCAUUGCCUUUCAUUUGCAUGGAAAGAAUGCUGCCUAGAAUGAAGACUAGUUGAUGAAGAGAUCCCUAAAAGGGUCACAAUAAAAACAACUUUGGGCUGA